AUGCCAAAGGUCCUGGCGUACACGCCCGAAUGGCUGUCUAGAAACAACCCAGGAUUCCAACUCUUCAACAACGCACAGCCUACGCAAGCUCAAGCGCAAGCGAGACAACGAGGCCCAGUACAGGCAGAGGACGGCAGGGGUAGUAACAGCGAUUAUGUGGGACCAAUCAAGACCAUCGCCCGGCGUGGAGCGGAAAUCUUCACAGUCGUCGGCAAACACAUUCGAUGGGCAGACCUGAGCAUGCUCAAGGAGAACUUUGAAGAGCAGAAAGCCACACCUUCGAAAGCGCCUAAAUCUACGGGACCAAGAAGCGACACACAGGUCGAGAAAGACGGUCCCGAAGACGGAAGCUAUAGGGUUCUCACCAUUGCACUUGGCGAACCAAUACGACGGCUAGCGGUAUCUCCAAAUGGUAAUCUCCUCGCCAUAGCUACAGCACAUAUGGUACACAUUGCUCUACUACCGGAUUCUUCCCACCUUGGACAGCUACCCAACGGAGCAAUCAAACUGAAGGCUUUCGCCAUUGGACCUACAACACAUGUGCUAUCUCAAUCCCAAAUCGCCAGCAUACUAUGGCAUCCUUGCGGAGUUGCAGGAAACUGCCUCGUCACUAUUACAGUCGACGCAGUUGUACGGAUUUGGGAAUUCAAUCGAGAUAACCGUUGGUCGACGGAUAGCCCCACACUGGCUAUAGAUCUCAAGAAACUUGUGACGGGGUCUUCAGAAGAGCAGGAUUUUGCCCCAGGUAGAGCAAGGAAUAGAUCCUUUUCUUUGGAUUCUGUGGGAUUGGAAGUGGCUUCUGCUUGUUUUGGAGGCAGUGGUUCGAGCGAUGAGUCCGCAUGGUCCGCUACUACAUUGUGGUUCGCCAUGAAAGGAGGCGAUGUUUACGCCUUGUGUCCUCUUCUUCCCUCGAAAUGGCAACCACCGUCCACGCUGAUGCCGUCCAUCUCGACGGCUGUCGUAGGGAAGACUGCCAUGACCCAGGAUAAAAGCCAGUCCAAUCUGGAGGAGGCCCGGCAAUACAACGACCAGUAUGAGUGGAUACGUGGGAUAGAUAGCCAGGAUCCGACGGUUGUGGAAGGGAAAGACGAACUUUCACCAGAUAUCGAAAUUUACAGCCGCCCGACCACCCCUGGUGCUAUUCCAAGGCUGCAAGGGCCUUUCCAAAUGUUUUCUGAAGACACGGAUGAAGAUUUGGAGCUAUCUGAUAUCCACGUCGUUGCAGGCAAAAUCGACGCCGAAGCACUCACAAGCGGUGAUGACUCCGACUCUGAACCAGAUUGGACGGACGGGCAUGGCGUUUCAGCAGCUGUUGUCUGCCUAGUGACAAGAGGUGGUAGAGUCUAUGUCUGUCUAGAUCUGGAAGGAGUGGAAGGGCAAUGGUUGCCUCGCAAGAAACCGAAGCGGUUGCCUGAACCUCUGAAAGAGCCUUAUCUGACCGUUCUUGAGGGGCUAGAAACAUUGAACCCUACUGAUUCACUUGACUUGGAAUGGCCUACGUUCACUGAGGACGUGCAAUCACGGUAUUCAUUCUUCAUAACGCACAGCAAAGGAAUUUCCUUCUUCUCACUCGAUCCAUGGGUGCAAAGUCUCGAACAAGAGCUGCAAAGCAACGAAAGUCUUGGAGCGCCGUUCCGCAUGGAUAUAAUCAAGAAUGGACCUGGGACACUAAGGGAAAAGAUGCUGACAUUUAGCCACGAACAAGACUUGGUAUCCGAUUCAUCUGUCGCUGCUUGCUUAGUGCUCGAAGAUUCCAACUUGGGUUACUUCCUUCUGGCACCUGUCAACGGGGAACCAAAAGCAGCGAUCUUGGAAAAGCCUCCGCCUGAACCAGUAGUGCCAUUUGAGGAUGAAGAUGAAGAGGCGAGCUUCAAAAGUAUGCCAGCUAUGGACACGCUGUCGCUUCGAGGUCCAGCAAGAGAAAUCUACCAGGCACCGCAGAUAUUCUCCAGAGGUUCUUCGUUACCAGAUUUCUUUGACAGACAUGUCCCAAGUCACCACCGAAAGCUAAUGAAAGAAAAUGUCCGCAUGUCGACUGCCACCCUAGACUGGAUGACCUCAGCACACAGAGUCAUCAGCAAAGAAACCCAUCUGCUCGGCGUCGCGGCUGCAGAUCUAUUCCGACGAUGCGAGAGGCUGCAAGACCAAUUAAGAGACCAGAUCAGCCGGGCCAAUGAAGUCGCUCACCGCACUGAUGUUGUCGUUGGCGAGGACGCUGAUCAGUAUGUGGGUAAUACCACGGGCAAAGGCCAUGCCACACUCGAUGAGCGGCUGAAGAAGGUACGAGGCAAGCACCAAGAGCUGGCCUCUCGCCAUGAAAAACUUCGAGAGAAAUUCAGUAAAGCCGGAGAGGAAGUGAGUGAAAAAGAAAGGCUCUGGUUCGCCGAGGUCAAGAAGACGGCGGACUCGGUGGGAGUGGGAAUGGAGGAGGAAUCCCGAAAGCAAGACGAACAGGAAGAAGGCCAAGAGCCAGAGCCAGAAACAUUGCAGAGAUAUGAAGACGUCAAAGACCUGACGGCGGACCUCGUCGCAAGGGCCAAAGAGGCCGCUGAGCAAGGAAGCAACGAGCAGACGGACGGUGAUGGCAUACAUGUGAUACCCUCCGAUUUACGCAAAGAGAGAGUCACGAAGGUGAUGAAGCUGUUGGAGCGAGAAUCUGCUCUUGUCGAAGCAGCACAAUCCCGACUCAACCGCCUGGCUCUAUCGUCUCUAUCCUAA